AUGUGGAGUAUUCUUUGGUUGACUCUUAUAUCAAGUUUCGGUGGGGUGAUAAGAACAAGAGCAGUAGAGAAUCAAGUCAGUUCUUACGCAAACGUAUUUUUCUCACCUUCACAUGUCAUCAAUAAUACUUGGUUUCAAAAUUCACAUUGGUCAAGGAGGAAAGCGGAAUGGUGGGCUACUCAAUUAAUAGCUGGCGGACCGUGGUCGGUCAUAAAUAAAAGUAUCUCGGCUCAUUCUGGUGAUCCUCAUGAUUAUCUUUCUUAUGCUGUUUACUACUGGCCCAAUUGCACGGAUGUGCAAAACACAACUGAACUUACACCUCAAGAAGUGUGGUCCGAAUGUAUCUACUACCAACGAGACGGAGUGUUCAAUCCUGAUAUUUACCAAGUACAAAACGUCGAAGCAGUCAACAAUCUCACCGACUUCAUUUACCUAGCCGCUCUCGCCUACGCCUCCACUGGUAAUCCAAAGUGGUCAUCAGCAAUCAACUCCUCUCUUUACACCUUUUUUAUCGAUCCGGACACAUACAUGAACCCUAAUCUCGAUUACGCUCAAGUGGUCCGUGGUAGAGAUAACCUGAAUCAGACCGGGAAACAUACCGGUGUUUUGGAUCUUAAGGGAAUGGCAAAGUUAGUCAGUGGAGUGUUGAUUUUGAGAGAAAUGGGUGCGGAGGAGUAUGGUAAGGUCGUAGAUGAUGGUUUAAUGGAUUGGGCUGCUAAACAAGCGGAUUGGUUGGAGAAUAGUGAUCUGGGAAUAAUGGAAAAGUUAUCACCGAAUAAUCACGGAACAUUCUACUACAACCAACUUUGCUCUCUCUACGUUCUACUAGGUAAUACCGAAAGAGUUCGUGAAUUACUCGAAGAAUAUUAUUCCACCAUUUAUCAAGGUCAAAUCGUUCCAUCUGGUGAUCAACCUUUAGAAAGUUUACGUACAAGACCAUAUCAUUAUCGAGCCUAUAAUCUCGCAGCAGUUGUAACAUUAGCAAGAAUAGGAGAUUAUAUCAACCUACAACCAUCUGGAUGGACACGUCAAUCCGGUGGGAAUUCUACUAUCCUUGACGCUUUGAAAUACGCAAUGGCACAAGAUCCAGCUACUCAUAACGAAACGGAUCAAAUGACCACUUUAAGUCCUAGUGUGGCUGCUAUAGCAAGUAUGAUGGGUGAUCCAGAUGGUAAUCUUGCGACUUUUUUAAAACAAGCAGAUCCUUUUUAUCCUGGUUCGGUUUAUUAUUCUUUAAAUUCCGGUGUUAGCGAUUCGGGUAUACAUCAAGGAUUGAUAGAAACUACAUAUGGACCAAAAGCGGCUCAAGCUACAGCGGGAAUGGGAAGGAAAGUAAGAGGGAUACCUUGGGGUGGAAGAUAA